CGGGGGCACCCGCUGCUUAGAAGAUGCUUCUGAGCUGCCCAGCCUGCUUCUCUCGGCCUGGCACUUUGCUCCCCCGGGGUCUCACGCAUCCCAGGCCAGUGCUCCACGGCAGCUCCCUUCCCAGCUUUGGACGCCGCAGGAUGGCUGUGUCCAGCCAGAGCGAGGCCCCCUGGAAAAAGUUCUCCAAGGAGGAGCUGGAGAUCCAGUAUAGCCCCAGCAAAUGGGUGGUCCGAAGGGGAGCAGACGAGGCCCUGGACACCUUCUCGCGCUUAGGAACCCAAGCCACCAAGGAGGCUCAGGCCACGCAGAGGAAUGAGCUGAAUGUCACCUAUGGGUCGGGGGACCGCGCGAAGCUGGACAUCUACUUUCCCAAAGAGGACUGUAGGGCCUGUCCUGUGUUCGUGUUCUGUCAUGGGGGAUACUGGCAGAGCGUAAGUAAGGACGAGUCUGCCUUCAUGGUCAAACCGCUGACUGCUCGAGGAGUGACUGUGGUUAUCAUGGACUACAACAUUGCUCCCAGGGGGACCCUAGACCUGAUGGUGGAGCAGGUGACCCAGAGCCUCAUUUUUCUCCAGCAGCGGUUUCCAGACAACAAGGGGCUCUACCUGUGUGGACACUCAGCCGGGGCCCACCUGAUAUCCAUGAUGCUCCUAGUGGAUUGGACCAAACAGCGCCUUACCCCCAACUUGCAAGGCCUGUUCCUGGUGAGUGGAAUUUAUGACCUGGAGCCCAUCAUACACACAUCUAACAACGACCUUCUCUCCUUGACCCUGAAGGAUGCUCUCAGGAACAGCCCGCAGCUACGCCUGGAGGAGGAGGGACCCAAGAUUGUGGUUCCAAACCUGCCCAUCCUGGUGAUCCUGGGCCAGGACGACUCCCCGGAGUUCCAUCGCCAGUCCUGGGAGUUUUAUCAGAUGCUGCAGCAAGCAGGAUGGAAGGCUUUCUUCCAGGAAUUGCCCGAGUUGGACCACUUCGAGAUCAUUUGGCAAAUGAUGGAGGACUGUGACCUGAUCAAGAUCAUUUUGAAGACAAUCUUCCCGAAGCUCUGAGUAUUCCUGCGCCCUGACCAACUGCACCCCUCUUUUGCAACUUCUCCCAGAAGCCUCUUCUCCAAGGGAGGGCCUGGUUUCUCUUUGCCUAUCACUGUCUCUUGUCUCUGCCCUGAGUACAAGCAGGGCUCCUGCCUCGAUGGAAUGUGCUGCAGGGGCCUGGGGUGUUUUUUCCCCCACCCCAGUGCCCACUGAGGUGCCACAGAGGUUCAUAAUAGGCUUUGGUAUGACCCCUAUCCAACCCU